CGGGGCCUGAUGCGGGACGCGCAUGCGCGUGCGUGCACGCGAGUAUCGUGUAUCGUAUGUACACAGUGAGGAUACAAUCGUGGUACCUCGAAAUGUCAGAGUCAGCAAAGAUUCACGAGGAGUAGAAGGAUGCUAUGGCUGCCUCGACUGCGUUGCGCAAUGAUGAGGAAGAACUGAAUGGAGAAACCGAAUCAGAGGCCAGUAGUAUAUACCAAGGUUCGGUGAUCUCUACCGUACCUGACCGUCAUGGAUUCCUGGGUGGUUCACAAUACAGUCCGGAAAGGAAGCAGGCCAUAUCACCCGACGUGAUACUGCGAAGGGAGAGAAAAUGGAUACAGAUGCUGAACAACUGGAGUCUCUUUAUGACCACGAAUUAUCGUAAGGUCCGCGAGAGAUGUCGCAAAGGAAUACCACCUUCCGUGAGACUACGCGCAUGGCUAAAUCUCUGCGGCGGUCAGCUCCUGAUGAAUGAGAAUCCAAAUCUGUAUGAGGAAUUGAUCAAACGACCUGGCGAUCCCAAGUACAUAGAAGAUAUCAAAAAGGAUCUCCAUCGUCAGUUCCCGCAUCAUGAAAUGUUCGUCGAGAACGCGCCUGGGCAACAGGAAUUGUUUCAGGUUCUCAAAGCGUAUUCCAUUUUGAACAGCAAAGUUGGCUACUGCCAAGCUCAAGCGCCCAUCGCCGCGUUCCUUCUGAUGCAUAUGCCAGCAGUGCAGGCGUUUUGGUGCCUCGUCGCGAUAUGUGACAAAUAUCUCGUUGGUUACUAUAGUCAGGGCAUGGAAACGUUGCUACGCGACGGAGAUAUCUUAUUUGCUCUUCUAAAAAGAGUUUCCCCUGUUGCGUAUAAACAUCUUAGAAAAACAAAAAUGGAACCAAUCUUAUACAUGACAGAAUGGUUUUUAUGCGUUUAUACGCGAACGUUGCCGUGGGAAAGUAUCUUGCGCAUAUGGGAUAUGUUCCUUUGCGAAGGCGUGAAAGUAAUCUUCAAAGUAGGCCUCGUACUACUGAAAGGUAGUCUAGGUCGUAGUUCUCUUACUAAACGUUGUCCGACGACCUACGAAACCCUCCAAGUCUUAAGAAACCCGCCCCAGCAUAUCAUGGAAGAAGAAGCCUUAGUCUAUCAGAUUCAGAGGUUGACUUUGAGUGAAGAGGAUUUCGAGUAUGAGCAUCAGAGGCAAAUGUUGAAGAGAAAAGCAGCGGAGAAGGAAACUGCCAAUCGAACUGAUUCAUGAUUAAGUAGCUAGACGGAGAUACAGGGCGGAAUUAUACGUUUAACGUAUAGCGUCCUAACGUGUGCCUUCCUUUCCGUUCUUCUUGUAUAGAUUCUGCGAUUUGUAUGUUUAGUGAUCUUUCGUAUUACAAAGUCGAAAGAUGUGAUGAAAAGCGGAUAGGUAUGUACACUCGCAAAAUAGAAAGUGGUUUUCAUAUAUUUCGCGCACUCAUACAUACACACAUCCACAUUCCCCGAGCAGCCGGAGUGCAUUAUUUAUCUCUACUUCCUUCAUUACUAUGCGUACUAUAAACAAAAGCACAACACAUUUAUAGGUUCGCAUAGUACUAUUUAUAUUAAUAGUAUUUUCUCAUCGACAUAUUUCCAGUUGAUUUCCAGUUGACGAUUCUCAUGGUUAAUAAUUAUAUCGAUAUUUAUGUACAAAAAUUUAUCGAAUUUUUUAAAUAAAAGUAUAUAGUAUAUGAUAAUGUUAUGCUAAAUAAAUAUUAUCUUUCGUUAAUAUGUCGAUCUUGUAUUAAUCCUUGGGCGAAUGUAACAUAUCUAAUACUGAAUUAUAUAUCUUUAUAUUUAUGA